AGGUCCUGGAUGGGAUUGGCCGGAAGGGCCCCAGUCCCGCCCAGCCUGGGAGCCUUUUCCGGGCCAGGCCCUGCCAGCCCCUUACACAGCUUGGCUGUGUGCUUGCAGCAGGACUCUCCGGAGACUCCGGCUCCAAGACACUCAUCCAAGAGGAAGGAUGACCAGUGCCUUCUCAAAGCUGCUAACUGGCCGCAAUGCUUCUCUGUUACUUACCACCCUGGGCACCAGUGCCCUGACCACGGGGUACCUGCUGAACCGGCAGAAUGUGCGUGCGGAGGCCCAGAAACAGCACAAGCUAUUCCCUCCCAGUGCAGACUACCCCGACCUUCGCAAGCACAACAACUGCAUGGCCGAGUGCCUCACCCCCGCCAUCUACGCCAAGCUCCGCAACAAGGCGACGCCCAGUGGCUACACCCUGGACCAGUGCAUCCAGACUGGAGUGGACAACCCCGGCCACCCCUUCAUAAAGACGGUGGGCAUGGUGGCUGGCGAUGAGGAGUCCUAUGAGGUGUUUGCCGACCUUUUUGACCCUGUCAUCAAACUCAGGCACAACGGCUACGACCCCAGGGUGAUGAAGCACCCCACAGAUCUGGAUGCGUCCAAGAUCACCCAGGGGCAGUUUGACGAGCGCUACGUGCUGUCUUCUCGUGUGCGCACUGGCCGCAGCAUCCGCGGGCUGAGCCUGCCGCCGGCCUGCAGCCGAGCCGAGCGCAGGGAGGUGGAGAACGUGGCGGUCACGGCCCUGGAUGGCCUCAAGGGGGACCUGGCUGGCCGCUACUACAGGUUGUCUGAGAUGACGGAGCAGGACCAGCAGCGGCUCAUUGAUGACCACUUUCUGUUUGACAAGCCAGUAUCGCCUUUACUAACAUGUGCCGGGAUGGCCCGUGACUGGCCAGAUGCCAGGGGAAUCUGGCAUAAUUAUGACAAGACAUUUCUCAUCUGGAUUAAUGAGGAAGACCACACCAGGGUAAUCUCUAUGGAAAAAGGAGGCAACAUGAAAAGAGUAUUUGAGCGAUUCUGUCGUGGACUAAAAGAAGUAGAACGCUUAAUCCAAGAACGAGGCUGGGAGUUCAUGUGGAAUGAGCGCCUAGGAUACAUUCUGACCUGUCCUUCGAACCUCGGCACGGGAUUACGGGCUGGCGUCCACGUUAAGAUCCCAAAACUCAGCAAGGAUCCCCGCUUUUCUAAGAUCCUGGAGAACCUGAGACUGCAGAAGCGUGGCACGGGCGGUGUGGACACCGCGGCGGUGGCAGAUGUGUACGAUAUUUCCAACAUAGAUCGAAUUGGUCGAUCAGAGGUCGAGCUUGUCCAGAUAGUCAUCGAUGGAGUCAAUUACUUGGUGGAUUGUGAGAAGAAGUUGGAGAGAGGUCAAGAUAUUAGGGUGCCGCCACCUUUGCCUCAGUUUGGCAAGAAGUAAACUUUCCCCUUCCCAGUUUAUAAAUAAUCUGUCUGCUGGUAUGACAGACAUAAAGAAACUUAGACUCUGAGAGUUUUUGUAGACUUGGGAAAAUGUAAAAUUGUAUAUCCUGUCUAUCUUUACAAUAAAACUCUCCUUAAUCUC